UCAGAGCUUUUUCCGCUCCCAUCUUUGAUUGACAAAGGUAUCUGGCCUCAAGUACGUAAGUUCAUCGUGUCCCGUCUUCAUACAAGCGUAGCGACCAAGAACGAAGAGAAGAUCGCUCAAUCUGGAAUAGUAAAUUGCAAACAUGAAUUAUCACCACUAAAAUCGAACAGCUACAAUGCGUUUUCUGACUUCUUCCUAAAACCUGCGAUAUAUGAGUGUAAAACUGCGAAAUCACGUUAA